AUGACUGACGGGCAGGUGAUAAAGCGUGCAAGGUAUAAAUCGUCAGUGAAGGACUUUGGAGUUCCUGGUGUUCUGAAAAUGACUCGGGAGAGGUUUUUUUUUAUGCCAAAUGAUCCGAAAUCAUCUGCAAGGCUUAAUGUAGAGUUUAGAUUGGUUAAAGGGCACAAAUUUACCAAGGAGGGUUCCAACAAACAGGCCCUGCUUAAUCUCACAGUGGAUCAGGGAGGAAAUUACAUUUUUGAAUUUGACACUUUUUCUGAUCGUGAUGCUUGCCGUGAAUAUGUUGCAACAGCUAUUGCAGUAUCCGGAGAAGCUGGAAGAGCUGGUUCUGAGAGAUCAGCUGCUCCACUUCAAGAUGAACAACUUAGCCAUGCAGAGAUGGAGCGUCGGAUUAGACUACUGCAGGAGGAUAGUGAGUUGCAGAAACUUCAUAAGCAAUUAGUGAUUGGAGGUGUCCUAUCAGAGGCUGAAUUUUGGGCAACAAGAAAGAAGUUGCUGGAUGAGAAUGCCAGCAGAAAGUCAAAACAACAGGUGGGGUUGAGAAAUGACAUGUUCCAUGUCAAACCAUCUUCUGAUGGUCAGUCUAACAAAGUUACUUUUAAUUUGACACCCGAGAUUAUUCACCAGAUUUUUGCUGAGAAACCGGCUGUACGCCAGGCAUUUCUAAAUUUUGUUCCGAGCAAGAUGACAGAAAAGGAGUUCUGGACGAAAUAUUCAAGAGCAGAAUACUUGCACAGUACGAAAAAUGUUGUUGUGGCUGCAGCAGAGGCUGCAGAAGAUGAUGAGCUGGCUGUUUUCUUGAAGCAAGAUGACAUGGCAGCAAGUGAAGCUCGGCGGAAGAUCAGAAGGGUCGAUCCAACUUUAGACAUGGAAGCUGAUGAAGGGGAUGAUUACACACAUCUUCCGGAUCAUGGGCUAUCUUGCGACGGUAGCAAGGAUGUGACUGACUCACCGUAUGAGCUAUACAGAAGGUCUCUUCUGCAAGAACUUAACCGGCAUGCAGCGGUUGUUCUUGAAGGAAGAGCUAUAGAUGUGGAGUUGGGAGACACAAGGUCCGUAGCUGAAGCACUUGCCAGGUCUAAACAAGAUGAUUUAACUGAUGAAGUGUCUGAUGGGAAUAUUAACCAGGAGCGCUUGGACAGGAUAUCUCGGAUGGCAGAGAUCGAUGAUCUUCAGGCACCUCGUGACCUCGCUGUUGCACCACUUUGUAUCAAGGAUCCUCGUGACUACUUUGAUUCUCAACAAGCUAAUGCGAUAAAAUCUCUGGGAGACACACUGGCUGGGGCUAAACAGAUGAAAUGUAGCCUGAGCACUGCUGAAGCAUAUGGUUCUUUAAGGGAUUAUAUUUCUGAGAUCAAAACCUCGGGGUUGAAUGAUUCCAUUGUUAAACCUGAAGUUGCACUUAAGGUUCUCAAUGGAUUGACCCAGAGUAUUUCAAGCACCAAGUAUCAUCUUGGGAAGAACCCGCAUGAGAGUGUCUUAGAUAGGUUGCCAUACGUCGCUAAACAGGAAUUGUUACAUCAUUGGAUGUCUAUUCAGGAGCUACUGAAGCAUUUCUGGUCUUCAUAUCCUAUUACAACUACACAUCUUUUUACUAAGGUUAGCAGACUGAAGGAUGCCAUGUCACAAAUCUAUCCAAAGCUACAGGAGAUUAAAGAGUCUGUGCAAUCCGAUUUCCGGCAUCAAGUUUCCCUCCUUGUUCAACCAAUGCUUCAGGCAUUAGAUGCUGCAUUUGCGCAUUAUGAUGCAGACAUACAGAAGAGAUCAGCAAAGAGUGGAGAGAGGCCCAAUGGGUUUGUCUAG